AUGAACGUUCAAACAAGCGCUUUCCUUUACAUCAAGAAAAUGCUUGAUACACUACCUGGUGUCAAAGCCCUUCUACUUGAUCAGGAUACAUUCAGUUAUAUCAGUAUUGCAAUGACAAAAACAGAAUUACUCGAAAAUGAAGUAGUUUUAUUCGAAAAUCUCAAUGCACGUGUUGGAAAACCAGAAGAACCAAGCUUAGCAUCAAUUAAUUGUAUUAUUUUCGUACGUCCAACUUCAGAAAAUGUAGAAAUGAUUUCUCGUGAGUUAGACAAUCCUCACUUCCAAAAAUACAACAUAUUCUUCACAAACACAUCAGCUGAAGCACAUAUUCGUCAACUUGCCGCUCAUGAUUCCCAUACAUCUGUUGAUGCAGUCAGAGAGGUAUUCUUUGACUUCUAUCCACUCAAUGCAAAACUUUUCUCAUUGAACAUCCCCGAUAUUUCUACUCUUCGCGCCGGAAAUUCCUUUACAGAAAUCGCAGGGCGUGUUCCUGAAGGACUCUUCGCAUUCCUUUGCUCUCAGCGUGUUAAGCCACACAUCAGAUUUGAUUCCAGCUCCAACGCAUGCCAAUCCGUUGCAAGAUCUGUUUCAUCAUUGAUCGAUGAUUCACGUGAUCUCUUUGCUACAGCACAGGAAGGUGCCACUGUCCUUAUACUUGAUCGUCGCUCCGAUCCAAUCGCACCUCUUCUUCAUCUUUGGUACUAUUCUUCAGCAUUACACGAUUUAUUCGGAAUUGACAAGAAUGUUGUCGAUGUCAAUGGGACACAAUAUGUUCUAAAUGAGCGUACGGACCCAGAGAGUGCAUCAUACUAUACAAUGUACCUUGGAGAUUUGGCUCCAAAAUUAGAUGAAAGAGUUAAGCGAAUCCAAGCAGUUCUAAGGGACAUACAACGUCAAAGUGAAGACAUAAAUGACAUGCACGGCAAGAUGAGCGCUGUUUCUAAAGGCCAAACCGAAAAAGUUUACGCAAAUUCACAUUUGGACUUGUUUAAUGCUCUCCAUACUAAGAUUACACAAUCCAAUUUGAUGGAAGUGUCCGGUCUCGAGCAAAUUGUCGCUACUUACGAUUCUCCUUCAGAUCAAUGCCAACAAAUCAUCGAAAUCAUCAACAACCCAAGCGCAAAGCCUUUGGAUGCAUUAAGACUCGUUUUAAUCUUCGCUUUACAUUACGAAAAAUCAAAUUCUGCAAAUUUGAUUAAUAAAAUGCUCGAAACACUCGAAGCGAAGUCAGUUUGGCAUAACAACGAGAUGAAGUACGUCGAUGGCAUCAUAAGAGUCAUGGGAGAUAACCAGAGAGGACACGAAGAUUUAUUCCAAAAUAGAACUGGCUUCACAAAGUUCGCUAGAGGUAUCAAAUCAAUUGUACAGGUAGAGAAAAGCGCGUACGAGAUGUACAAGUGCUUACUUUCCAGGAUUUUACAAAGAAUGAGAGAUGGAAAACUUUCUGAACAGGAUUACCCAUAUGCAACUAAGUCACAGCCAACUAAAACAGGAAGAAUAAUUGUUUUCUACGUCGGAGGUGCAACUUAUGAAGAAAUGAGAGUUGCUUCCGAAAUUUCAAGACCUGGAUUCGAUGUAAUCGUUGGAGGAACAACUGUUCAUUCCGCAGAGUCGUUCCUUAAAUACGAAGUCGCUCCUUAUUGCUAA